AUGACCACCACAGGAGACAAGACACAGACUACCAGCAGGAGACAAGACACAGACCACCAACAGGAGACAAGACACACACCACCACAGGGAGAGCCAAGACAUGUAUCUGCAUCACAGGUAGACAAGACACAGACCACCACAGGUAGACAAGACAUGGGACCACCACAGGGAGAGACAAGCACACAGACCACCACAGGGAGUGACGGCCAGACCACCACAGGAGACAGAGACCACCACCAGGAGACAAGACCACCCAGGAGAUGCUACAGACCACCACGCACAGGAGACAAAGAGCGGCAUUCACAGGGAGAUGCUGACACAGACCACCAAGCAGGGAGAGGCAAGACACAAAUCACAGGGAGGAUGCAAGACAGACCACCACAGGGAGACAAAGACAGACCACCACACAGAGAAGACAUUCAGCCACAGGAGAUGGACAUGGACCGCCACCAAGCAGGAGGCAAGACACAGCAUUCACCACAGGAGACAAGACACAGACCACCACAAGCAGGGAGACAGACAUGGGGUGGGAGACCCUCACCACAGGGAGACACACACAUGCAGAUAGUGACAGACCACCACAGGAGAUGUUAUUACAGACUACAGGGAGACACAUGGGACCACCACAAGAUGGACAGACCAAUUACAGAGACAAGGAUGACAGACCAAGGGACAGACAAUCAUGGAGACAAGACAAGGACCCCACCACAGGGGAAACAAGAUACAGACCACAGGAGAGCAAGACAUUCACAGGAGACAGACCACCACAGGGAGAUACAGACCACCAUGCCAGGAGACACAGACCACCACAGGGGGAGACAAGAGUGCUGGGACCCCACCAGCAGGGAGGAUGGACGACCACAGGGAAGCCAAGACACAGACCACCACAGGAGACACAGACCACCUCACAGGGAGAUGCUGACAUGGGACCACCAUGCCAGGAGACAAGACACAGACCACAGAGAAGCCAGACCACCACAGGGAGACAUGUAA